UCUGUGAACACUUGCUGUCAGACAUAAGAGUGAAUUAUGGAAUUAGAAGACAUUUAUGAAAAUGUUGAAAAUGAUUAUAUUAAGGACACAACUGGAGCUCGAACACAGAAUCACAGCCAGGAUGAAGGGAAAGAUGGAAAGUGCAGAGGAAGCAGGUGUUUGGUGUUGAUGUCAGUGUGUCUCGGGCUCAUGUGUGUUCUUCUGCUGGUCUUCAUCACACUGUACAUCACCAUUACAGCAGAGAGAGACCUGUUAAAGAGUUACAAGAACACCGUUGAAGAGUUCAAUCAGACUAUCAACAGCUUACAGGACAAUUACACUGAUCUAAUGACUGAAAAAGACCAACUGAAGAACAACUUCAACUCUUUGAGUCAGAAGAAACUGGAGUUAGAGACUGAACUAAGAAAGUUAUAUGAACUAGGAAAUGAUAGGUUUUUCAUAUCCAGUGAGUUGAAGAGCUGGUCUGAGAGCAGGCAGUUCUGCAGAGAUCGAGGAGCUGAUCUGAUCAUUAUCAAAACUGAAGAGAAGCAGAUAUAA